UCACUCACACUCAUGCCGCGAAUGCUGUGAUAAUGCAGUGCUCCUUUCUCAGAUACGGACUACUCAACCAUCUCGCCGCUAACAACAAGCUUCACGCGCCAAAAUAACUCGAAAACAUCUUAACCCGCGAAAUUUGGCCCGGCGCCUAGUACAGUAAAUAGUCAAUAGUUGUGCUUCAAACAACGCCAUGUCGUCUCCCGAGGGUGCUUGAUCUUUCGGAUUUCGUUCUCUUCACUCAAUAACAUACACGUCAAAAUGUUUGAUUCUACUCUGAAACGGUUUUGGAAAAUAUGGGAAUGGGGCAUUGGGAGAACGGUAGCAGCUACAAUAGCAGCGCAUACAACGUCGAUAUCAGUUGGAAUGUGCCAGGGAUAUUCCGCUGUUCUUUUACCACAACUCAAAGAAGAUGCUAAUGUCAACAUUACUACUGAGGAAGAGUCAUGGAUAGCCAGCUUAGGAGUGAUAUCGACUCCUGGCGGAGCUCUGAUUGCCGGACUAGCUUCAGAAUUGCUGGGAAGGAAAGCAACCGUUCAGCUGACUUCAGUACCGUUCCUAGUUGGAUGGGCGACCAUCGCUCUGUCCACCAACAAGUUCGCGCUCUGCGUAGGCAGAUUCGUUUCUGGUCUUGCGAUAGGUAUGGCAUCGGCGUGCUACAUCUACGUGGCUGAGAUCAGCCUGCCGAACCACCGUGGCUUCCUGUCUGCGUUCGGGCCGAUCUUCGUGUCGCUGGGUGUGCUGGUCGUCUACUCACUGGGCUACUUGCUCUACUGGCAGGAGGUGGCCGUGCUAUGCGCUGCAGUCGCCGUGCUCUCGUUCGUCGUGAUGCACUUUGUGCCCGAGUCGCCCUCGUGGCUCGCCUCCAAGGAGCUCGUCUCCGAGGCCAAGAGCUCACUCACCUGGCUGCGUCGCAGUCCUGCCAUGUGCGACUCGGAGCUCGCCGGCAUACUCCAGUCGCUCAAAGUCGCCAAAAAACAGUCCGAACAGGGUAGUUCAGUGUGCAGUCUACUCAAGCAAUGCAGCUCCCCGUCUGUAUGGAAGCCCUUCUUCAUACUCACCUUCUUCUUCAUUUUCCAAGAAGGCUCAGGAAUCUACAUAGUUCUCUACUAUGCUGUCCACUUCUUCCAGAAGAUAGGCUCGUCGCUCGAUAGCAAUGUUGCUUCAAUACUCGUCGCAACAGUUAGACUCUUCAUGAGCAUAACUGGGGCAAUUUGUAUACAACAUUUCAAGCGGAAAACACUAGCUAUGAUUUCCGGGAUGGGAAUGGGACUGUCCAUGGCCAUAUGUGGACUGUAUUCAUAUCUCUACGGCCACCUACCCGUAGAAGACAGGAUGUAUCGCUGGAUGCCAUUGCUAUGUGUUGUUGUAAAUGUAUGCUUCAGCAUGUUGGGAAUGCUGCAACUUCCCUGGCUGAUGACAGGAGAACUUUUUCCACUUGCAAUGCGUGGCCUUCUUGGAGGUCUGGUGUCAUCGCUUGCUUAUCUUUUCAUUUUUGGCACGAUUAAAAUAUAUCCCGGUAUGGAAGCUCGCAUGGACCAAGACAAAGUCAUGUGGAUAUUUUCUGCUUUCUCAUUCUGCGUUGUAAUCUAUGUAAAACUGUUUCUCCCUGAAACGCGUGGAAAAUCAUUACACGAAAUUGAGAUGAAGUUCAAACGUGAAGACUAUUCAGUAAAAAACAAAAACUUUGACCAAGAAGCUCAAAAUAAAACUCCAAAUGAAGUGUAUAUCAUCAGUAGGAACGACUAUUGAAUGAUUGACUGAGCUCAAUCAUUGGAACAUUGAAAUUACUCCUACAAGCUUCGAAGACAGAUGAUACUCUCCUAUCUCGGAAUAUUGGUGCGUUAGGUUUUGAACAAUUCUUUCAAAAAUAGGGUUGUGAUAGUACAAAAAUGUAUCAUGUGUAGCAUUGUGAUAAAAAACUUUUUAAGUGCCUAUUUUUAUAGAACUAUAAUAUAAAAUAUCAUAUAGUAAUAUGAUUAAU